GUGUGUGUGUGUGUGUGUGUGUGUGUGUGUGUACGUGUGUGUGUGUAUGUGUUUGUAUAACACACACACACACAUUCACAUACAUAUAUAGGGAAAAUGAAGAGGGAAAAAUUAAGGUAAUCGCAAACCGGGUCUCAGACAAUGGUCCGGCAUCGCGUUUAUUGAAUGUUUUGACAAUCUUAAACCAUUGAUACAUUCACGUAAAUACACUCUCUUGAUAAUAAUAAUGCAUUAAAGUGAAGAUAUCGAUAUUCAUAUUGUAGAUGAAUGUUUUAAUUAACAAAAUAGUUAAUAAACGCAAUUGAUUAGAGGAUACCUUUGGACGCGAAUACCCAAAUAUUUUUUGUAUAUAAAAGUAUUGAAAAAAAUAAUAAUCUUAACAUUAAUAUUUAAAAAAAAAAUCUUCCAUAAGCCAGGAUGGGAAGAAGAGAAAUAGGAAGAGUUAGAGAAUAAAAGACGAGCAAAAGAGCAGAAAAUGGGCGAGGAAAUGGGAUAAGAAAGAGGUAAGAGGAACAGAGAGAAGAAAGAAAGAUUAAGAAGGAAGAGGAAGAGCGACGAAAGAAAAACGAAGAAAGGGAAGAAGAUAGAAGGAAGAAGAAGGUGAAAGAAGAGACGGUGCGAGGAAAAGGUAGAAGAGAGAGGAAAGAGGAAGAGAGAGAAGAAAGUGAGAAGAAAGAUGAAAGAGGAGAGAAGAAAGAAAUAGGGAAGAAGAAAAACAAGGAAACAGGAUAGGAAAGAGGAAGAGAGGAAAUAAGAAGUGAGAGUAGCAAGAAGGAAGAAGUUGGAAAGAAGAGAGAAAAACGUGGAAAUAGGGAAGAGUUAGAGAGAGAAGAAAGAAGAAAGAAAUAGGGAAGAAAAGACAAAAACAAGGAAACGAGGUUAAGAAAGAGGGAGAGAGUAAAUAAAGAAUAAAAAAUGAAGAAAAAAAUAAAAAAGAGAACGGGAGAAUAAAUAGGAAAGAAGAGGAGAAGGGAGAAAGGAAAGAGAUAAGAGAAGAGAGAGAGAGAAAAAAGAAGGAAGGAGAGAAAAGAAGAAAAAAGGAGAGAAGAGAAGAAAGAAGGAAGAAGGAGGGAAAAGAAGAAAGAAGGAGAGAAGAGAAGAGGGAAAAAGAAGACAGAGGAGAGAAGAAGGAGAGGGAGAAUUAAGAAGAAAGGAGAGAGAAGAGAAGGGGAAUAAAAAGAAGAGAGACGAGAAUAAGGAGAGAAGAAGGAGAGCGAAAAGAAAGAAGAAAGGAGAGAGAAGAGAAGGAGAAGAAAAAGAAGAGAGAAGAAAGACGCAGAGAGAGAGAAGAAAGAAAGAGAGAGAGAAGAGAGAAGAAAGAAGCAGAGAGAGAAGAGAGAAGAAAGAAGGAACGAGAGAGAGAACAAAGAAGAAAGAAGCAGAGAGAGAAGAGAGAAGAAAGAAGGAACGAGAGAGAGAACAAAGAAGAAAGAAGCAGAGAGAGAAGAGAGAAGAAAGAAGGAACGAGAGAGAGAAGAGAGAAGAAAGAAGCAGAGAGAGAAGAGAGAAGAAAGAAGGAACGAGAGAGAGAAAGAGAGAGAAGGAAGCAGGGUAAAGGAAGAGGCAGAGCGGAAACGUGAGAGAGCGAGACCCUCGAGGAUGAAAGGAGACGAGCUCGUGUACUGGUGGGCCGUCCUCGCCGUCGUGUCCAGUCUGGCUUGGUUCCUGGCCCAAUUCUGUCUGCCGCUAUUAUGCACUCUCCUCAUCAUCUGCUUCUUCGGGCCAUACCACUACCUUCAGUCACACACAUACCUCGACCUGCAGUCCUUCGCCGAGGGAGCGAGGGCGGCCAUUCUGCAGCCAUACCAUGCGCCUCUGGUCACUAUUUUGACGGUCACACUCCCAUGGAUAGCAACGUUCGACAUGUCUAGCAUCAGCGCGGGGAAAUGUUUUGCCCUCGCGCCCGCUUGCUUCGUCUGCUUGGUUGCCCUCGCUAGAAUAAAGGCACUCCUUCGACACUCGUGGGAAGCCGAACAGCAGCGCCUUCUGGAGGAUAUAGGCAACAGCAGAUCGGUGGUGGGCGACGGGCUUGCCAUAGGGUACUACGUCGGGUACUUGAAGAAUCUGUUUUCGGAAUGCGAUGGUUUAGACUUCGUAAAGCGCCUGAGGUCCUUUGAGCAACAGCACAAGAUGAGGCUGGCUUCGCACAAGAUCUACAUCCUCUCCUUCACCUCAUGUACUAACAACCACUCGGCCUUCGAUGUGAUGGACAAAGUGGGAGAGUCCCUGAAGAUGCAGUACACCCGCGGCGGCGUAACACGGACUAUCAACAACACAGUAUAUCGCGGUCGUGUUCCCGGGUUUUAUCCUGGCGUUUAUUUAGAAGAGGAAUUCUACGUUAUUUGCGAGACCCUUUCUCCUAUUAGUACCAUUAGCAGUAUGGAUUGUGUGGGAUUCACCAAGGACGACAAGCUCCGUACCCUUCGGCGCCUGACAAUGAAACUAAACGAAUUCCUUCAGGAGGAUCCGAGCGUAAGGGACUACGUAAGGCUCAUGGAAAUCGAUGAUAUUAACGAUCGCCGUCCCCUUAACCAGUUACUGUGGGAGCAAAUAGAAAAAGACCACCUAGAUAUAACAACUGCGCUGGUGGCCCUCCACUCAUCGAAGAAAAAACACGAAAUGGCCGAACGGAAGUGACAGUUUUGGGAAGAAGAAACAGCGAGAUAGGAAUAAAGUGAUAAAAAACAUACGGUAUGAAUGUUUUGAAAAUAAAAAACAAAGACUUAAGCGAUCAACGAUUGCUUAGUUUGCACCAAAGAAUCAUCAGUCAUCAAACUCCUAUAUGGAAUUGACACACGUUAUGCGCCGGAAAAAUUUCGGUGAACUACCGUGUUUCCUGUUGAUAGGAGGAGAAUAUGAUAUUAUGUGAAGUUAGGACUUUGAACCACAAAGGCCUGGGUUCUAGACGGUCCAUCUGACGAGAACCUAGUAAAGACGAAGCUGCUAGAAGUGGAUGUCAGGUAUUGGCAUAUAUCGUUGCAAAUUAUGAUUUUGGCUUAAAUGGAACUGCGAACAAAGAAAGGAUAUUUGUUUCUGUUUAUAUUGCACCCCCCCCCCUCCAACACCACCACCCCUCUCACUCAAAUGAGAAGUGUGUGUGUGUGUGUGUGUGUGUGUGUGUGUGUGUGUGUGUGUGUGUGUGUGUGUGUGUGUGUGUGUGUGUGUGUGUGUGUGUGUGUGUGUGUGUGUGUGAGUGGCUCUUAUGCCAGGUGUCGCCCAUGCACACUGAUAGACGCCAUCAACAGCAUUUCCUUCAACGCCGGAAAGAACAAAGAGAAGGUCCUUCCUCCGCGAAUAAACAAGUAAUACUCAACCAUAACCCGAGGGUCAGUGUCACCCUUGGCACGAAUUUUCAGGACUUAAUCGAGUGCGAUCUGAGACGUUACCUUAAGAGAUAUGGAUAACAAUAAACAGACAAUAAAAGAGAUGGAUACGUAAAAUAAUAGAUAAUUCAACGACAGGUAUAAUGAUGAGAUAAAUGAAUAAUAAGUAUAUAGCAAACAAGUAUCUUUUUAGACAUGAAACACGUUCUUAUCGUCCUAUUUUCAGAUAACAAAUAUCCUGUGGCGGUUUUCGAUAAUCGUGAAUUACAGAAACACCUGUUAAAUAUACAGUAUAACAUAGAAUAUAAUAUCUACAUACAGUAUACAGUAUCAAAGGAUAUAAUAUAUAUGUAUAAUGUAUAUAUACACAUAUGUUAUAAUAUAUAUAUAUAUGUAUAUAUAUAUAUAUAUAUAUAUAUAUAUAUAUAUAUAUAUAUAUAUAUAUAUAUAUAUAUAUAUAUUGUAGUGUCAUAAGAUAUAGAUCCCUAUUUUCUGUCAUAUUGUUUUUACAGUUUGAAUCAUGUGAAUGUUGUUUUUUUUUCUGUACAGUUGAUUAUGAGAUCUUAAUGUACAUUAUUAGUGUUAAGAUGAUAAGAGUAGCAUUUUAGUCAUAGCAGUGUCAAUAAUGGAUCUUAAAAUGUCUGUAUUUAUGUCAAUAAAAUAAAGA